AUGGACAUGGAGAAGGUCAACUCCAUGGACUUUGGAGAAUUUAUGGAUGUGUUUGGAAACGUCAUCGAGAGAUGUCCUCUGAUUGCAGCUGCGGUUUGGUCCAAACGCCCAUUCUCUGACUUGGGAGAUUUAGAGAAGCACUUUUUUGCCUUUAUUGAUGCUCUUCCACUGUCAGGCCAGGAGGGCGUCCUGCGCUGCCACCCGGAGCUGGCGGGCCGCGAGCUGCAGUGGGGCCGGCUCACCGCCGAGUCGCAGCGGGAGCAGAGCGCCGCGGGCCUGCAGAACCUGGGCGCGGCCGAGCGGCUCCGGCUCAGCGAGCUCACCGCGCAGUACCGCGCGCGCUUCGGCUUCCCCUUCGUGCUCGCCGUGCGCCUCAGCGACCCGGCGGCGGCGCCCCGCGAGCUGGCGCGACGGCUGCGGUGCCCACCAGCGCAGGAGCUGCGCACCGCCUUGGGCGAGGUGAAGAAGAUCUGUCACCUGCGUCUCGCCGACCUGCUCGGGGAGCAGCCAUAG